AGACUGUGGGGAAAGGGAUCUGGCAUGCUGGUCAGGGCCUCUGCUGGCGGUUCCCUUCCCUCUCUCCAUCCUUCUCUUUUCCUUGAGACAGGAUUUGACCUCUCCCAGGCUGGCCUCAAACUUGCUAUGUAGUAGAAGUUACUGAUCCGUCUGCAUCCACCUCCGCAGGACUGGGAUCGCAGGUCUGCAUCACCUCACCCAGUGAGUGUGGGGCUGGGGGUGGAAUCAGCUCUUCACGCAUGCUGGGCAAGCAACGAUCAGUUGAGCUGCAUACUGUCCUGGCCGCUGAUUCUCCUCAUCUCUGGGCUAAUUAUCUGUGGCUUUGACCCUGUGUCUCCUUUGUCUCCUUACAAUGUCUCUCUGCCUAGGUCUCUUCCUCCUUCCCCUCAGCCCCCUGUGGAUGUUCCCUCUCUUGUCUUUGGCUCAGACAUCAUCUUUAGUCACCACCCAAGAGUAAAUUCUGUCAGGUGGACAGGAAGCCACCAUUCCUGGUGAGCAUCAGGCCAGGAGAUGGCACCUCUAAGGCAGGAGAACAAGGGAAGCUGAGAGCCUCUGUCCCAAGUGCAGGUUAGCGGGGACCACAAGAAACAAUGACUCAGUCAGCUGCAGGAGGGACUAAAAGUAGUUCUCUGAUUGCUCUGGAAUAUUCCCUCAACUUAAAUACUGAAGCUUUAGUGAAGGAGCGAAUGCAGUGUGGGCACAAUGUGAGCCAUGCAGGGGUAAACUGAGGCAGGGACCGCUGGCAGCAGCCACAUGCACUUGAUGCACCCAUCUACAACUGCAAGAGACAGUCCCACAGCGUCUGCUUUGACAAACCGUGCUAAACGUCCAUCAGAUAAAACCGACCAUUUUCAGGUCAACAAUUUCAAGCCCUUGUGAUACUCAUGAGAUUGUGUGUCCUAUCUGCUGGUUCUGAAAUGUUUUUAAUCUCUCCAGCUGUAAACCCUGUCUCAUGAGCAAUCACUCGCUAGCCGGCUGCAACCCACUCCAGCCCCUGAGACUGCUUCCCAUCUUGUAGGGCUUCCUGCGGUUCCUGUCUUUGCCUGUGGUGAGUCUUCAGUCCGGCGCCUCACACACACGCUCCACCUCUGAGUUACAUCCCUAGCCCUCUCUUUCCUUUCUUAAACUUUUAAGAGAGACCAUUACUACCGUGCCCCAACUGGCCUUGGAUAUGUAAUCCUCCUGCCUCCUGAGGAUGUGAUCACAGGCCUGAGCUACCAUGCCUGACUUCUGCCCUGGACAUUUCUUCUGUAUGGAGUCAUACAGUAAAGUCUCCAGACAAUCUCCAUCCCUGUCAUCAGAGGAGCAGAGCAAAGGCCCCACUGAAUCAUGUCUGCAGUUUCUUCAGACAGAAGCACAGGAAAGUCACCUGGGAACUGUUCCAAACGCAGCGCUGUGAUGAUUCAAGUGUGACCUCUUACCCAGGAGCGAGACAGUGGGGAAGUGACCAAGAAGGACCAGAUGCAGCGCAAUGGCCAAGUGUGGGGUGCCACAGAGAGUCCCGGGUGACUGCUUCAGACCUGUCUCAACUCGCCACCCCAGGCAGAUCCCUUCUUGCUUCUCCAUCUGUUUCCUCACCCAUGAAGCGCAGUCCCUCCGCGCCCUUGCCCACUCCUGGUGGAGUGGAGCUCUGCUGCUGCUGCUGCUGUUUCUCUUCCUCUCCUUGGAGCAGACCUCAACAUCAUACAACGCCAAGAUCAAACAAAAAGUGGGAGAGUGUCCUAGGCAGCGGUUGGAAUGCAGAAACGAGAGUUUGAGCUCCUGCAAAACGGACUUCAACUGUAAGGCGCAUUUCAAGUGCUGCCAAUUUGCCUGUGGGAGGAAAUGCAUGGAUCCCUAUGAAGAGCCCUGCAUGCUACCCUCAGACAAAGGAAACUGCCAGGACAUUUUGACGCGCUGGUAUUUUGACUCUCAGAAGCACCAGUGCAGAGCCUUUCUAUACAGUGGAUGCCGUGGGAAUGCGAACAACUUCCUCACCAAGACUGACUGUAGAAACGCUUGCAUGUUUGUUGAGAAGAAAGGACAGUGCCCGCUGUUCCCUUUCCAAAUGCGAAUGGAGUGCCCAGCCUCCUGUAAGAACGACAUGGAUUGCCCGGAGAAGGAGAAAUGCUGCGAGUCCAGGUGUGGCUUCAUCUGUGCCCGAGUCUGGCUAGUUUCCUGCUUUCGGCCUGGACAGCAACCAGGAAGAAUUCUUUCCCUGAUAGACAAGAGAGACCCUUUCAUCUUUUCAGUCACCUUUGGGGUGAGGUCCACACACUCGGUGACACAACUGUCUAGCUGCCACUUCACAGGAUGCUCCUCCCACUGCAUCCAUGGAAUCUUUGGCUUUGUCCCUGCGAUGCAUGGUGUGCCUGUCCAGAGGGUCCCGGGACUCACUGGUCACCAUGGACUGGGCUUGAGCCAUGAGCACAGGGCAAUGCCUGACACACAGCCACGCCUCUCCUCACCUCUCGCCUCACAGACAACUGCCAGUCUUCACAGCUGCAGACUCUGUACCAGAAUAUGGGGCGAAAUCCCUCCUCAUUGUACGCCCAGACCCCCCCCCUGGGGGGGGGCUUCCUCAGCACCGCUAACACACCCGUGGACCAGAUGCACAUUGUGCCAGCGCCCCCUUGCCACUGGGUCUGGCUUACUGCUACUCAGUUCCUCACCUUAUUGCCCGUGCAAUCUUCCUGCCGUUCCUCGGUGUAUUUCAGUCUUGAAUAAUUGUCUAAAGCUGAUCCGUUUUUUCUAUAUAUUUCAAACGUAUUAACGCUGAGGACCAGCUUAGCAUCCAGGUAAACCGAGGAAGGCAGCCAGGUGUGUCAUCUGCAGGGGUCAAAACCUGAUGACCCUUGUCUAUUUAAUUCUCUCUUGGUGUUCUUAGGCCAAAAGUUGAAGGCCUCUGGCAAUUACUCCUGCUGAUAGUAGCAGGGGAUUAAGAAAAGAAACCUAGUUACUUGGACUCUUUGACUCAUGGGCCUCUUACUGGCCAGGCCAGGUUCUGCUCUCCAGAGCCAGAAAGAAAAGGAGAGAGAGGGAGGGGGAGGGGAGGGGGAUGGGGAGAAGCAGAAACGGGCUACAUCUUUACUGUUGUGUUUUUCUGAAACACUUUACUGUUGUUCUUCUCCCUUCUCAGGAGAGUGGAUCACACGGCCUUUGAAGCACUUUUACAUCCCAUAAGUUCAUAGCAAGUUUAAGGCAAUAGUUCAUGUCAUAGGUUGAUAAGGUUUAGGGAGUUAUAGCAGAAUCGAUUACAUGUCUUCCCGUUAAGACUAGUACCUGACUGAACAUUUCAUUAUCUAUUGUCUAGCUCCAUACGUUCGUUGUAAGUUUAAAGCAAUAGUUUUUAUGUCACAAGUUAGCACAGUUUCAUCAAGAGACAAAUCGUCUGCUUUGUGCCAUAUUAUUUUGAAGUCUUGUAUAGAUAAACUAGUCAAUCUCUUAUUUUUUUUUUGUCCUUGCAUUUAAAAUAAAUUGUCCAUUCCCAGUUUA